UUUGCACAAUUCUCUAGCGCUGGUUUCCGGUAUCUCAGACACAGCAGCAUGGGACCAGGAGGGAAAAUAAACAGACCCAGAACAGACUUGGCCAAGAAGAUGUCGAAGAGAGGCAGGGUUCUGAGUCGAGAUAAGAGAAGAAAGAAGCGGAUCGUAGGAGCCGUGAUCGACCGGGACAUCAUCACCAAACACCACCUGAAGAAGAGGAGCUCCAACCCCAGAGCCAACAUCACGCUGUCGGGGAAGAAGAGGAGGAAGCUGAUCAAGCAGCUGGCUCACAUGGAGCGAGAGAAGAUCUCCGCUGAAGCAGACACGCAGAAGAAGAGCCCCGCUCCUCUCCCAGAGAACAAACCCAAGAAACCCAGAAGAGCAGCGGCAGAGAAGCACACAGAAACCAUGGAUGUGGAUUAGAGCCGGAACACACUCGUCUGUGUGUGUGUGUGUGUGUGUGUGUGUGUUGAAGAAAAGAAUAAAUAAACUUCGUAAGAGAUGCAUUUAGAGUCAUUUAAUGGAUCUCACAACAUCCGCGUACGGUUUCUACAAAAAUACUCUUCCGCAAAACUGUUUUCAAUAUCGAUAAUAAUCAGAAUUUUUUUCUGAGCAUCAAAUGAAGAUAUUUGUACAUUUACUACAAAAAUAGUGAUAUUCAUUGCUGAGGACUUCAUUUGGACAACUUUAAAGGAACUUUUCCUCCGUAUUUUGACAUAUUGUUCGAUUCUAACAAACCAGACAUCAAUGGAAAGAUGAUUUGAUCAGUUUUGAGGUCCAGGGUCACAUAUUAGAAUGAUUUCUGAAGGAUUAUGUGACACUGAAUACUAUAGCAAAGUUAUUCCUUAUUAUUUGAUUCAUGAAUAUACGGCUGCGUCGCUCCUCUGGAAAAUCACUGAACACUAGGGGUGUGAAAACUUGAGAAAACUUUGUGUCUUUUAAUUAUAAACAUUUAAUCAAUACAGUGAACUAAUCUAGGACUGUAACUAGGAUUCUUUGGGUGAAUCUGUUUUAGUAAAACAGGCCUAACUUGGUAACUUUGGUGUGAUUAAUAAGGAAGUAAUGAUUUGUCUCGCCGUUAUAGUGCAUUAUGUAUUAUAACAAAAACCUGCGGCAUGGAGACGCUUCACUUUACAGCGCCAUCAUUUAAUUCCAUAUAUAUUUUAAUAUCUGGCCUCAUGCACGCUCAGAAACGUUUGAAAUCGAUGUAUAAUACAUGGGAUAUAUUAAAAGGAGGUUUAUGUA